GCGUGACGUCACCACGCCGGCGGCCGCCAUUACAGAGAGCCGAGCUCCGGAGCUCUAGCUAGCUGAGGAAGACAGCGGCCAGCGGCCGAGCACUGCGGGGAGAGCCAGCGGGCCAGAGCCAGCGCCGAGCCACCGCCAGGAACCACACCAGUACCUCGGGGACCGGCGGCGGCGUGUGCGUGUGGCCCGUGUGCGGGCGGCGGCGCGGGUGUAGCGCGGAGCGGCAGCCUGUUCGGGCGGGUGGCAUCAUGGACGAGAAGGUGUUCACCAAGGAACUGGACCAGUGGAUCGAGCAGCUGAACGAGUGCAAGCAGCUCUCCGAGCCCCAGGUCAAGAGCCUCUGCGAGAAGGCUAAAGAAAUCCUGACAAAAGAAUCCAACGUGCAAGAAGUUCGAUGUCCAGUCACCGUCUGUGGAGAUGUUCAUGGGCAAUUUCAUGAUCUCAUGGAACUGUUUAGAAUUGGUGGCAAGUCACCAGAUACAAAUUACUUGUUUAUGGGAGAUUAUGUUGACAGAGGAUACUACUCAGUUGAAACAGUUACUCUGCUUGUAGCUCUUAAGGUUCGUUACCGUGAACGCAUCACUAUUCUUCGAGGAAAUCAUGAGAGCAGACAGAUCACACAAGUAUAUGGUUUCUAUGAUGAGUGUUUAAGGAAAUAUGGAAAUGCAAAUGUUUGGAAAUAUUUUACAGAUCUUUUUGACUAUCUUCCUCUCACUGCUUUGGUGGAUGGGCAGAUCUUCUGUCUACAUGGAGGCCUCUCGCCAUCCAUAGAUACACUGGAUCACAUCAGAGCACUUGAUCGCCUACAAGAAGUUCCCCAUGAGGGUCCAAUGUGUGACUUGCUGUGGUCAGAUCCAGAUGACCGUGGUGGUUGGGGUAUAUCUCCUCGAGGAGCCGGUUACACCUUUGGGCAAGAUAUUUCUGAGACAUUUAAUCAUGCCAAUGGCCUCACGUUGGUGUCUAGAGCUCACCAGCUGGUGAUGGAGGGAUAUAACUGGUGCCAUGACCGAAAUGUAGUAACGAUUUUCAGUGCUCCAAACUAUUGUUAUCGUUGUGGUAACCAAGCUGCAAUCAUGGAACUUGAUGAUACUCUAAAAUACUCUUUCUUGCAGUUUGACCCAGCACCUCGCAGGGGCGAGCCACAUGUUACUCGUCGUACCCCAGACUACUUCCUGUAAUGAAAUUUUAAACUUGUACAGUAUUGCCAUGAACCAUAUGUUGACCUAAUGGAAAUUGGAAGAGCAACAGUAACUCCAAAGUGUCAGAGAAUAGUUAACAUUCAAAAAACUUGUUUUCACAUGGACCAAAAGAUGUGCCAUAUAAAAAUACAAAGCCUCUUGUCAUCAACAGCCGUGACCACUUUAGAAUGAACCAGUUCAUUGCAUGCUGAAGCGACAUUGUUGGUCAAGAAACCAGUUUCUGGCAUAACGUUAUUUGUAGUUACUUUUGCUUUCUAUGAGAGACUGCAGAUAAGAUGUAAACAUUAACACCUCGUGAAUACAAUUUAACUUCCAUUUAGCUAUAGCUUUACUCAGCAUGACUGUAGAUAAGGAUAGCAACAAACAAUCAUUGGAGCUUAAUGAACAUUUUUAAAAAUAAGUACCAAGGCCUCCCCUCUACUUGUGAGUUUUGAAAUCGUUCUGUUUAUUUUCAGGGAUACCGUUUAAUUUAAUUGUAUGAUUUGUCUGCACUCAGUUUAUCUCCCUUCUCAAAUCUCAGCCUCAUGUUGUUCUUUGUUAUUGUCAGAACCUGGUGAGUUGCUUUGACAGAACUGUUUUUCCCCCUCCUGUAAGACAAUGUUAACUGCACAAGGGCACUGCAGUGUUUUUCAUAAUAAACUUGUGAACUAAGAA